AUGGACUCCUCAACAUCCUCAAACAAGUCGUCGGCGAACCUGUUCCAGGUCUACCUGCGAUUGCGACCGCCUCCGGCCGGGGCUGCCUCAUCCGACAGGUUCUUGAGCCUCGAAGAGCCAUCCGAUGGCUCUCCGUCUACUCAUAUCACUCUGAACCCGCCAAACGACCGCAAGCGGUCUACUGAAAAGUUCGCCUUCACCAAGGUCUUUGAGGAAGAAGCAACACAGCUCGAUGUCUUUCAUUCCACCGGCAUCUCGUCUCUCGUCGAGGGAGUCUUGGCUCCCCACGGUGGUCACGGUACCGAUGCCUUGAUCGCAACUCUCGGCGUCACUGGCUCCGGAAAGUCCCACACCAUCCUCGGCUCGAGAACACAAAGAGGCAUGACCCAGCUUGCCCUCGACGUCGUCUUCCGCUCCAUCGGCCCCAAUAUGUACGACUCUCCCAGCCUCGAAGGCUCUCUGCAGGCUGCCGACGCCUCCGAUGCAACCAUCAUGUCGGCACCCUACUUUCUCGAGACCGUCUUUUCCGACUUCGGUUCAUCGCGCGGAGGAGGUUCAAGGGCAGGAACGCCAAUGAUUGUAGGAACCCCAUCUACUUAUUUCGACCCCCUUUCAUUCGUCAACACGCGUCAAAACAAGCAGCAGGACAAGGCGUCCAUGGGCAUGGGCGGUGUAAGACUGGUGCCGUCCACUCCUAGCCGUCCGCGACGGAGGCGCCCUCAUGAUGUUUCUGUGCCAAUCUUCGACGAGACGCUUGAGCAUCAACCCGAUGCCUACAAGCAUUUCAUGACUAUGACGACAGCUUCACAGACAAAGAGUAGUGCUAAAACUCCAGUAAAGGGCGAACACCAUCCUCCCCCGACCCCCCGAAGAGCGCUCCAAAGACCGUCGAACCUCCCGCAAGCUCCCGACAUCAGCUCCGUCAACGUCUCUUCAGACCCCGAUGCCGACUACGCCGUCGUCCUCUCGAUGUACGAGGUCUACAACGACAAGAUUUACGACCUCCUGACCCCGCCGAUCAAGUCCAACGCCACGAAGGAAUACCGCCGCCGACCCCUGCUGUUCAAGUCGACCGAGCAGUCCGCCGAUAGGAAGGUGGUCGCCGGUUUGAAGAAGAUUGCCUGCACCAACAUGAGGGAAGCCAUCAUGGUUUUGGAGGCAGGUCUGCAUGAGCGCCAGGUGGCCGGAACGGGCAGCAACAGCGUCUCCUCCCGGAGUCACGGCUUCUUCUGUGUCGAGGUCAAGAAGCGUUCCAGAGUUGGCCGAAACCGCACUUGGGCAGGCAACGCCCUCACAAUCGUCGACCUCGCCGGCAGUGAGCGCGCUCGCGAUGCCAAGACACAAGGCGCCACUCUCGCCGAGGCUGGCAAGAUCAACGAGAGCCUCAUGUACUUGGGCCAGUGUCUCCAAGCGCAAAGCAGCAUAGGAAGCAACAGCAAGCCCAGCGUCAUGCCCUUCCGCCAGUGCAAGAUGACGGAGCUUCUGUUCUCCAAUUCCUUCUCUGCUUCCUCGUCUGGUGUUGCGGUUCGGCGCAACCCUCAGCGGGGCGUCAUGAUCGUGACCGCUGAUGCCCACGGAGAUCUGAACGCAACGUCUCAAAUUCUCAGAUACAGCGCAUUGGCAAGAGAAGUCACCGUUCCACGCGUUCCCAGCAUCACCUCGACCAUCCUCGCCGAGACGCCGUCGACCUCAUACGCGUCGCCGCCCCUUACAUCUCCCGAUUACCCUCCUCCUCCUCAGAGACGCGGCUACUUUGGCCACGGCUCCGGCGGACAUCGCAACUUCUCGCCUGCCUCUGACAGCGGGGACCGAGUUCUUAUGGAGCACGCGGCACUCGAGAUUGCUCGCAUGCAGGAGGAGAUAACGAACCUGCAGGAGGAGACCACGAGCCUGCACAUCGAACUUGAUCGUGAGCGCGAGGGAAGGGUGACUGCCGAGGCGCACCUCCUCGGCAUGGAGGAUCGGCUGCUGGAACUCGAGCAAACGGUGCGCGAGGACUGUAUGGCCGAGUUCGACACCCGUUUCGAGCUCGAACUGGCGCGGUGGAAAGCGACACUCGCAGCAGAGCAAGAGAAGGGCGAGGAGCACUGGGACCGCAAGAUGGAACUCUUCGAAAAAGGUCUCGGCGUGACCAUUGCGGAGGACGAUGAUGUCGCCGAGGACAAAGAGAACCUGCUCGUAGAGAACCUCGAGCAGGAAAACGAGAGACUGCGCCGCGAGAACGAGAUACUCAAGCGCGAGCUCGCGGGGCGGAGCCCAACUAAGCGCAAGCCGCUCCAGGAACGCGAAGACUUUGGUGGCCGCAAGGCAGACGGCGGAAGCAGUUCGCUCAGGAACUUGGGCAAGAAGAUGGAGGGGCUCCGCGUUAGUAACGAGAGCACCGCCAGUGCCGGAAGCACAGGGAGCCCCAAGAAGAUGAGGAAACUGGGGAAGAGAUGGGACAACGUUGCUGAUGACGAGUUUUGA